AUGAUGUUUUAUUUACUGAUAGGAGGAAAUAUUUUAAUAUUCAUUAUUUUUUGGCUUGUUCGACUUUUUCAAAAAGAGAAUGAAGGAAUCUCUGAAGAAUCGACAGAAACAAACUUGAGUCUUCCGCCUGGAUUCGUGGUUGAAAGCCGGAGAAACUCGAUUUUGAGGAGGAAAUCUAUUGAUUUAUCCAAGGUGAUGGAUCAACAACUGGCCCUUCGGAUGCAAAAAUUACACAAGAAAUUUGCGAAACAAGCGACGGCGCAGCACGCUUUUGACCUCCCAAACAUCAUCCAUCAGCUGACUAAUGCCAAGGAUAACUUUUCCGCCAACCGCAAUUCUGUUCCUCCAGGGAUGCGAAAAUGGAGAAAAACAACGGGAACCCGAGGUUCAAUAAAUCUUCGUGCGCCAAAUUUUGAAGAAAAACUCGAUGGUAAGACCUUUAUUAGAGGCUUUUAA